GGUGGUUGGUAGCCUGCACUGUUCUAUUUCUCCUGCCUUACAUCACAUAUGUGGAGAACAGAGAAGGAGGCAGAGCCUGGUCAGGAGUGGAGACAGGCAUCUAUGAAGCUUUCUCCAGGCCAGCCUGGGCCUUGUCAUUGGCUUGGGUUAUAUUUGCUUGCAGUACUGGACAAGGGGGUAAGAGGACUAUGGGGUGGUGGGCCUUGUCAUUGACAUGGGUUAUAUUUGCUUUUAGCACUGUACAAAGGGGUAAGUGAACUUGUGGAAACUCUGUGUACAGGAAAGACAUCUUUUGUUAUCUUUAAUUAAGGCUUAAGUUAAUUCAAGUAUUGAAUUGAUUGGAAAGACAUUUUUUAAUUCUAAUAUCAGUAACACUCAGGUCCUUGAAGGGAAUUUUAUAUAUCUCUUUUAACCUGUCCUAGAAUUUUGUAUUAUUUUCUCAUAUUGGCAUAAAUGUUUCAAAUGAAUUAAAUUUUGUCUUCAGCUUUUGUGGGAAAGUUUUUGUCUUGGAAUUUCUUCCUGCCACUGUGCCGCAUCACCUAUGGAGUGUUUCUGCUGCAUCCAAUCCUAAUCCAUGUGGUGAUAGAAUCAUCUUAUCAUAACUUUUACCUGAACCUCGGACAACUGGUAAGACGCCAGCUCUAAACUAAUACAUAUUUUAACUGGAUCUUUUUUGUUAUUGACGAGAGCUUCAUUUUAGAAGUGUUCGCCGCACAAACCAUUUUGAUCAUGGUUUUUCUUUCUUUUUUUAUCCCCUAAAAAGUGUCCCCCUGAUAGUAAAAUUGUAAAUUUAACCAUUUCGCUAAAUUAAUUUUGAAUUGCAAUUUUUAAACUGAGGUGAGUAUGACAAUGAAACUCGAAUCUGAUUAUUUUAUAAAGAAUUACAAGGAUGCCAUUAUGAUAAUGCACUUAUUUCAAUUUUUUUCAAAAUCUAAACCAACAUAAAAUCACAUAUCAACAUGAUCAUCAUUGUGACUGUUUAAAUAAACAGCAGCUCAAUGGAGUUCACGGACUCGGUCUCCUAUUUUUUUUUUUUAAAUUGAAUCAACCUGUAAUCUAUUUCUGUGACUCAUUUUGACUCUCACUUCUAUUACUGUGACUCAUAUUGACUCUCACUUCUAUUACUGUGACUCAUAUUGACUCUCACUUCUAUUACUGUGACUCAUAUUGACUCUCACUUCUAUUACUGUGACUCAUAUUGACUCUCACUGGUGGUUGUUUCAGGUGUACACCUACAUAGCCAUGUUUGUGUGUUCCUAUGGCAUUGCUUUCAUCCUCAUCACCUUCAUAGAGUCCCCCUGCACUUCAUUUGAGAGCCACAUACGGCUUCGAUUUAAAACUUGGCAGACUAACAGAAAAAUGAAAAACUUGAUGGCCUAGUUUAUAGGCAUGUAUUUAUCAUCACUCUGUACUGCUGAUGUUUGUUUGUGGGAUGCAGUACACAAGUAGCGUUGUUUAGUUUGACAUAUAGUGGAGACAUUAAACUUUAUAAUCAUUGGGAUAUCCCCUGGGUUUCUUUCUAAAAGCAACCCGUAUGGCAAAUAAAAUUGAUAUUUCAAGCAUGGUCAUAUUUCUCAUGUUAAGAAAUCAAUUUUUUAAUGAAAUAACGUUAAUUAUGGUAUUUAUUAUUUUUAUUAUUUAUAAUUAAUAAGUUCUUUUU